UUGGUCAUCAUAAGAAAAAGAUCACCCGUACGAUCAGGAUCCUUGAGAUUUUGGGGACUCAUCUCUCGAGAGAUUUCACACAUAUAACACAAUGGUUUCCCGCCUCUGGACCGUUGCAGUUGUUCUCAUCUCUGGCGUACUGCUGUGCAGUGCUGGUGGCAAAGGCGGUGGCGGUGGCAAGAAAUACAUCCUCCACGUACCCUUCCACAUUAAGCAUCACCAUCACACCCACACAAUUGUCAAGCACGUCCACCACAAAGUUCCUGUGCACACGGAGUACAAAGUGAUCGGCUACACGUACGACGAUCACGGCAACGGUGGCCACGGGGGUGGCCACGGGGGUGGUCAUGGGGGUGGCCAUGGUGGAUUCGGCGGAAGUGGGCAUGGUGGUGGAAUUGGGGGUGGUUUCGGCGGAAGCGGAUGGGCAUCCAGUGGCCACGGCGGAGAUUUCCACUUCGGUGGCAGUGGCGGAGACUUUGGACACUCAGGCGGUGGUUUUGGGCAUCAUCACUAAAGGUGCACAAGGAGUGCGGUACCCCCAUGGGGUUCACACGUGAAGGGCCACCAAAGAAGAAAGGGCUCUCCCUCCACCCAAGACAAAAGAGAUUAUUUAGCGAAUGCCGUGCGUCCGAUCAAGUGUCCAAUGUGCCUCCAUUUGUAUUAUGAAGAAAACCUAGUCCAAGAGAUGAGAAAGCGAUCGCCAGGAGCACCCAACUUUUCCACCUUCAUACCUCUCCAGACCCUCUAUCUUCUUUCAAUCUCUAUAAUCUUCUUCAGCAAUAUUCUUCAAGUGAUCUUCAACAUCUUAUCUUCAACAUCUUAUCUUCAUCAUGCAGUGCUUCUUCAUUUUUGGCUGAAAGGCCGCAUCUCUUCCGCCUUCACCCAUCCAAAAUGAUCUUUUUUGUUAACUAUAUUUGUAGGAGAACUAAUAAGCGACAAAAUGACUUUGUUGAUACAUUGUGUAAGGAAUUUUUUUUAUUUGUAAAAAAAAAAAGAAAAUAAAUAAAGAAAUAUCUGAAAAGA